GUUUCUCCUCGUGUUGUGCUGUUGCUGAGCCUCCAUGCCUUCCUAUAAAUUUCAAGUGAUGAAGCAUCUCAUUCAUUCUCAGCUCUCUGGCCCAACAUGUACCGGUUCGUGCUUCACACGGUGGUGCUCGGUGUCCUGCUGCUCCCCCUCCGGUCCUCGGCCCGGUGUGUCGGUGAGAAGGAGCUGAUCAAGCUCCAGAACCGUCUGCAGAGGAGGUACUGGGAGCGCCUGAACGUCCCUCAGCCUACGUCACCGCAGCAGCGAGCGCCCACCUGCGCACAGGUGAGCAAGGAGCUGCACGAGGACACGCAGAGCCGCUCCUUGUCCCCGUGGAGGUACCGGCUGGACAGAAAUGACAGCAGGUUUCCUCAUGAGAUCUACGUCGCUGAGUGUCUCUGCGCUGGCUGCAUCAUCAACCGCCAUGAGGACCACAGCUACAACUCCAGGGAGGUGUUCAGCCACCCGAUGGUGCUGUGGAAGACUUCCUGUCCAGGAGACCCCAGCAAAUACGCGGUCAGGAAGAAGUUCAUCCGUGUCGCCGUUGGCUGCACCUGCGUCAGGCCGGUAGUACGCCACGCAAUGUAACCAAACGUCUGCCAACGUGGUGCUGAAUCCUUCUGCUGCUUCCAUUAUUCACAUCAGCAGGUCGUUUAGUUUGCAGGUCGGAGAUGUUUCCUCUGUCAGACACGUCUUUAGGGAGGUUUUAUGGCAUCGGGGGUCGAUCAACUGCUGAAAGUUAUCAACCAGUCCCUCCCAUUUUGGUGAUUCUCCCUUCAUGAGGUUGACUUUUUCGUCUUUUAUUGAAGCUGCAUUCUGUCUAACAGCCAGCAGGGGGCGAAUCCUCUGUGAAAAGAAGUUAGGAGCGAUUUAAGCUCCUUCUGAUCGACUUUUUUACCUCAGUGAACAAUUUGCUGUUAAGUUUUUGGUCUCAAUCACUAGUUUCAAGUCUCUCUUAAUCCAGCAUGAUGUUCUUUUAGGGAAUGAUGAUCUAUUCAGGGAAAAACGGAUUACAAAGUUUGGCAAAACACUAAACUGCAGAAGGCCAAAACCUGCCAAACGACAUAAAAACAGUCUUCAGUCUAGACAUCCCUGAUCCCAGCACGAUAAAUGACUGCCAAUUUUGAUGAAAAAUUAGCAUCUAUUAGCAUGCUCAGGUAGAUGCUCCACCUUAAAAACAUCGGUAUGUUUGCUUCAACCUACAGACUUUAGGUUAAGAAUUAAUGAAAUAAGAACUACUUACUGAUAGAGCAGGUUAACUCUCCUAAAACAUAUUGUUUCCAUGUCUGUAAAAAAAAUCCUAAAAUUCUGCAAAAAAAUCUCCAAACUUCUGAAAAUUUACAAAACCUUCAGAAAGAAAAUUUUAAUAAUUCCUUAAAAGUUUCCUUUAAAAGUUUUUUUGUAAAUCCCCAAAUUUGGCAAGAACGUUCUUGUAAAUAUUUUUCAAAAAAUGAGUAAAAAUCUUCCCCAAAAAUCCUACAAAGAUCUAAGUGAUUACAUAUAUAUCAGUAAAACUUAUAAUAUUCUCUUAAGAACAUUAACUUAAAAAUCAACCAAAAUCCAGUGAAAUUUUCUGGAUUUUGGUUGAUUUUUUUGUGAAUGUUCCUCAGGAAACAUUUCUUUUUUUCCACCAAAAAAUGUUCAAACAUUUCCCAAAAAUGUUGAAGAUCAGAAUUUUCACUGUGAAAUUAUAUUUUUUCCACAUUUUCAAACUUUAAACCGGGUCAAUUUUGACCCGCAGGACGACACGAGGGUUACAACACUACUUUGCAUUUGAGAUAAUCUCCAAAUAAUCCAAAACUAGACAGAGCAAGCACACAUAAACAUGGACACACCUCCGGCUGAGAGGUCCUGGAACCCUGGUUAGAAACUGAAAGCACUUCUGCCAAGAAGGCCCACAACGACAAAGCUUCUCACUUACCUCAGACUGACAUAAAAUUCCUUCAGUUUGAAAAUAUUUGUCUUAGGAUACAUGCUGUUUUUUUUCUCUUAUCUUUGAAUCAGAUGAAAGCAGCUUCAUAUUAACGGGCACUGAUCCCUUUGUGGCAACCACGACCACUUCUACAUCCCAUCUGAUAAUAGAGCAACUUUGAAUGUGAAUCUCUUUCGAACCCAUCCAUCUACCCUGACCUCCUCACUACGCUGCCACCAUGGCUCUACAUCUCCUGACCUUCUGUCCCAUUAGUAUCCUCUACAGCCACUAGAGGGCGCUAUGAGACAUAGCUGUGAAUCAUAAAAUGUUAAAAAUCAGAACCAGAAACAGAAUCAUUUACCUUCAGCCUCCUGUCAACCCUUCCAUCCACCCCGACCUCCUCCCUGUGAUGACGUCAUGGUCGCUGCAUCACCUGAUAUUACAUCCCGUCAUAAAAAUCUCUGCCACUAGAGGGCGUCGUCACAAUGAGAUGUAGCUGUGAGUCGUAAAAUGGUGAAAAUCAGAUCCAAUAAUGCGAUAGUUUGUUCCUAGUCAACAGAAUCGUUUUCUUUCAGCCUCCCAUGAACCCUUCCAUCCACCCCAACCUCCUCCCUAUAGCGACUUCGUGGUUUCAUCUCUACAUCACCUGACCUUACAUCCCGUCAUAACUACUACAACCACACGAGGGCGCUGCAACCAUGAGACAUAGCUGAAGUUUGUAAUAGCAUGCUAAUGUUAGCAUUUAGCUAAAACCACCAUUAAUUUCCGUCUCGACAAAUAAAACAAAUCAGGAAAACACUAGCAGGAGCUACAUUUCAGAGACCCUCAGAUUACACAGCAAGCUAACAUUUGGCCAACAUUAGCAUCCGCCGUUUAAGAACGUCUUUUACAAACUACAGCUCCAACAAAAGGCAGCGUCAACUAUAAUGGGAUGUUAGCAAGCUAUUCUAUCAGCUAGCUCUAAGAUUAACACUAGAAAUGGCACGCUUCCUCACCACGCAUCAAAACUAGCUUGUUUUGUGAUUUUCAGCUAAUCGCACUAACAUUUUACCUCAGAUAUCUCCUCUGCUUCUGCAGAUUGUAGCUAACACAGUAGGAGUGAGAGAGCUGCAGUUUUAACUCAGAUUAAACUUUACUGGAGAUGAUUUCACAUGUUUUAGUUUUUUUAAUUUUUCAGUUUGUACCUUCUGAUUAAUGUGAAAUCCACCAAAGCAGAUGAAUGUAGGCUCAGUUCAGGCCACAAAGGCUGCAAGUGACCAGCUAAAGCCAGGCGACAGCUAGCUUAGCUUAGCUUAGCUUAGCAUAAUGACCGGAAACAGAAGGAAACUGCUAGUCCGGGUCUUUGAGAAAGAAGUAGGAAAAACUUCUGAUUGUUUUGUUGAUUAAUAAGGCAGCAAGUAUGAAACUGAGAAAGUUUUAGUUCAGUUUCCUCCCACAAAAUGUGAAGUUUAAGGAGAACAGUCCAGUUGUUUUAGGUCUGGAGCUGCUAUAAUGUGCUCCUCAUUAUUAUUAUAAAUAUUAUAAUGCAAGAUUUAUUUCUGCAGAAUCGUUCCAAACUGGAGUCAUAAGGUGCUUGAAAUACUUUAACGAAUAACAUUAAAAAAUGGUCAAUGUAGACCAUAAAAUUGUGCUAUUUUUUCAAGUUUUGAUAAAUUACAGAAAAUGUCAGUUAAAAUCAAAGAAAAAACAUAUAAAUUUAUGUCAACCCUAAAACAAAAAAAACUCAACAGGUCAAAACUGUGAACAAUGUCUAAAUGAAACAUCUGCUUUUUUAUAAACAGUAAUUUGUUCUUUUCCAACUGUGAACAUAAAAUUCUAUAGUUUUAAAAAGCAUCUUUAUUUGACAGAUACUUGCUGUUGUUUUCACCAUUUUUAUUAACUUUUUUAGUCGUCUUUGAACAUUACAGUAUUCCAAAGUUCUUUAAUUUCUUUUCUUUCCUGUCAGCUUGAAUUAAAUUCUGCUGGUGUUCAGAAUAAAACAACCUUUAAAGUUGAUUUUAUGUCACUAAUUAUCUGUCUUUAUGCUAAGCUAAGGUAACCGUGUCCUGGACAGUAUUAGACAGCACACAGACCCAUUAAAAACACUGUAAACACGGCCGGUUUGUGUGUUUAGUGUAGAAUCCAUAACAAAAGUAUUUUUUAGUUUUGUUUUUGAGUGUAUUUUUUUAAAAACACAGAACUUUAUUUUUUAAUUUUUAUUUAUUUGUGUGUUUUAGCAACGGAUCACUGUAAAGAGUGUUUUAAAGGCAAACCGUCGCCCUCUGCUGGACAGAAGCCUGUGAAAUGUACCAUUCUGCGGCAGGACGUGUAAAGAUGUCCUCUUAAGUUUUUUUGUUUGUUUUUUGGUUAGUACUGUAGACAGGAGAAACAUCACGAGCCGAAAUACUUCUCCAUCACUGUUUUUUAUUUGAGUUUAUUCUGUGAAAGCCUCACUGACUGUGCUGCUCGUCUCAAACACUCACGUUUGUACUCAUUUGUAACUGUGCACUUUAACGAAGAAUUAAACGUUUCCUUCAGUCA